AUGUGUAUUGCCUUGUUCUCCACCGCUCAUCCAGACUACCCCCUCAUCAUCCUCGACAACCGCGAUGAAUUCCUCCGACGACCCACCGACCGCGCCGACUGGUGGCCCACCCCGCACUCGAACGUCCUCGCAGGCCGGGACCUCGCCCGCCCCACGCACGGCACCUGGAUGGGCGUCACCCGCGAAGGGAAAGUCGCCGUGCUGACCAACUACCGCGAGCAAUCCUCCGACAAGGCUACGGGGCGACUCAGCCGCGGCAUGAUCGUAAACGAGUGGUUGAUCGGGGAACCCGACAGCCCCCGGUCCACACGCGACUUCGUUGAACGCAUGGUGGCCAGCGACGAGGCGCGGUCCGUCGGCGGGUUCAGCCUCGUCUGCGGCUACGUCGACGAGCCGCUCGCCCUAGUCUCCAACCGGUCCGCUACGAUGGACCACGUCUCGUGGGUGGCGAGCGAGCGGAACCAGACCCUGGGACUCAGCAAUACCACCUUUGAUGACCGGUCCUGGCCGAAGAUCCUCGACGGGGAGCGGCUGAUGGGCGAGGCGAUUGCGGCGCACAAACAAUCUGGCGAGGGCGAAGAUGCCCUCAUCGAUCGCCUGCUGGGGGUGCUCAACUACCUGCCCUACUUCCGACGGAGCAUCUUCGUGCCCCGCAUUGGGGCCCGCGAUACGGUGCCCGCGUCGGCACCGGCGCUGCAGGACGGGCUAGACACAUCGUUCCUGCACGGCCCGUACGGCACGCAGAAGCAGACGGUCAUCCUGGUCGGGGCGGACCGGCGGGUGCGGUAUUUCGAGCGGACGCUGUUCGACGGUGACACGAACCCGAUCCCGGCGGGACAGGGGGACCGGUCGUUUGAAUUCGUGGCGACUCGGGAAUGA